UUGGGACAUGGAGGCACCUUCGCCCAGUGUCUCGUGUGCGCUCGAUUUACAGCACUGACACUUGGGAACAUACAGUGGAUGUGAUGGUCAACUACACAGGAGUCACUGAGUUUCUCCUUCUGGGAUUCUCUGAGCACUCGAGGAUACAAAACCUUAUUGGAUUCCUGUUCCUUGUGGAUUACCUAGCAGCCCUGAUAGGUUUUGGUGCUGCUGAAUUUGCCAUCCUCACAGUGAUGUCCUAUGACCGCUAUGUGGCCAUCUGCCGCCCGCAGCAUUAUGAGACCAUCAUGAACAAGGGGGCCUGUGGGCGGAUGGUGGUGGCUUCAUAUGUGCUGUUCUUUGCAGGUUUUGGUGCUGCUGAAUUUGCCAUCCUCACAGUGAUGUCCUAUGACCGCUAUGUGGCUGUCUGCCGCCCACUGCAUUAUGAGACCAUCAUGAACAAGGGGGCCUGUGGGCGGAUGGUGGUGGCUUCAUAUAUCUCCUCCAAGGAGGGAAGGUCCAAAACCCUGUCCACAUGCAUCCCUCAUCUGGUGGUUGUGGCGCUGUUCACUUUCACAGCUGCCUUGGCCUACUUGAAGCCACCCUCCCCCUCUCAGACCAUCCUGGACCUCCUUUUGUCUGUUUCUUAUACUAUAUUGUCUCCAGUCAUGAACCCCAUCAUAUACAGCCUGAGAAAUAAGGAUAUGAAGGCAGCUCUGGAAAGAGUUCUGAUUAAAGACGUACAGAAAAUAUUUUAA